CUUUACACUCCCAAAAAUCUCUCUUAUAGCAAUUUUUCAUUCUCAUCAGAUUUAUUAUGUGAUAUGUACAAAGCUAAUAUCCAAACAAACAUACUGGCAUAGAUAUAUAUGUAAAUACACGGCAACAAUAAGCGGAGCACAAAGGAACCCAUCUAGAGUCAUGCAGGUCGAAUGCCUCCAGAGACAACAGCAUACCAGGCUGUGAAGGAAGCCCCCAUCCCCUCGAAGCUUCUACGCAUGCGAACAAUCCUUCCCGGACGCACUCAGUCCACCAGGAGUCGUUGGAGCAGUAGCAACACCUUCAACAGGUAGCAGCUAUGGCGGAAAGCGGUAGUAGCUCCACAUCCCGCCUCACGGAGGCACCCAGCGGGGUAGGAACACCCGACGGAUUGCCAUACAUACGCACCAUUGAAUGGGACAUGAUGAACAAGACAAAGUUCUUUCCGCUCUCCAUGCUCAGCUCAUUCUCGGUGCGAUGCUGUCUUUUCCCGCUCACCGUGAUCAAGACGCAGUUGCAGGUGCAGCACAAGAGCGAUGUCUACAAGGGCAUGGUGGAUUGUGCUAUGAAGAUCUACCGAUCGGAAGGAGUGCCCGGUCUGUAUAGAGGUUUCUGGAUCUCAUCCGUGCAAAUAGUGUCCGGCGUCUUUUACAUCAGCACAUACGAGGGCGUGCGCCAUGUGCUCAAUGAUCUGGGUGCCGGACAUCGAAUGAAGGCUCUCGCCGGCGGCGGCUGUGCCUCCCUGGUGGGCCAGACCAUCAUAGUUCCUUUCGACGUGAUAUCGCAACACGCCAUGGUGCUCGGUAUGGCAGCGCAUGCCGGCGCCAAAGGCGAUAUCAAUCCCCUGGGCAUCAAGUCAUGGCCCGGACGCAGUCGCUUGCAUAUAUCCAUGGAUAUUGGCAGGGAGAUAAUGCGACGAGAUGGCUUCCGGGGCUUCUAUCGAGGCUAUACCGCCAGCCUAAUGGCCUACGUACCUAAUUCGGCCAUGUGGUGGGCCUUCUAUCACCUCUAUCAGGACGAACUGUUCCGCAUCAGCCCGGUUUGGGUGUCCCAUCUGUUUAUCCAGUGCGUGGCCGGCAGCCUGGGUGGCUUCACAACGACAAUACUAACCAAUCCAUUAGAUAUAGUGCGAGCCCGUUUGCAGGUCCACCGUUUGGACUCGAUGAGCGUCGCUUUCCGGGAACUGUGGCAGGAGGAGAAACUGAAUUGCUUCUUCAAGGGCCUGUCCGCCCGCCUGGUGCAGUCGGCGGCCUUCUCAUUCAGCAUUAUCCUAGGUUACGAGACCAUCAAGCGGAUUGCUGUGGACGAGCAGUAUAAGCACCAGAUCCGCUGGUAAAGAACGCACAAUCCCCCAGCCAAACUGAAACCAACUCAAAACUGCAUUUACGCGACGUACUGAGAACCACCAGAACCGGAGGAGAUUCGCUCACGAUUGUAAAUAACAAAGGUUAAGAAGAAAGGAGCCGAGGAGCACAGGUUAAUUAGUUGAAUUGCAAACGAUAGCGAAAUAUUAAAUCAUAGAAGACGGAAGCCUCGAGUAUGUACUUUUAGUAGAGCGUCAAUAUGCUUGUGGCUAGGAUGUUCAAGAAACGCAAUUAAAUAUGCAAAUACCCCAAAGUGUUGUAGCUUAAAAAAUGUACAUUAUUUUUGUUAUACUUAGUCGUUUUAUACCUAACACGCAUAGAGGCCGAUCGGUUACAAGCCUAAUUUAUUAUAUACAUAACUAUACUUGUACUUGUACGUAAUUGAUGAUGAUGAUGAUGAUGUUGAUAAUAAUGUUGAUUACAUUUGGUAGCCCAAUUACUUUUACACUAUUAAGCACAGCAAUGUUUGCGCCAAACAAAUUACCACAAAACUGGACAUACCGAAUUAGAAAUUUAUAUCGAAAACAGGGUCGCCCCUCCCUCAAGGUCGGGAGGCACUUACUUAGUUAAGCAUUCGUGUGUGUGUUCUCUGAGUGGAUAAACUAGUUUUAGUCUGCAUUAUAAUAAAGUACAAACCAAGAAUUGUCACAUUUUUGGCACUCUGAAAUAUA